AGACUCACAUUUUCUUAUAACCUGAUAAGUAGGAGUCGCUAUUUUCAUUAAAAUUUAGCAAAUUAUGGAGGUUUUGGCUGCACAAGGUCAGUAAUUCAUAACAUAUAUAUUAUAUAAAGUCAAACUCUACUGAAAGUUGAUGAAAUCAUUAAAUGUUAUAAAUGAUUUUUAUAUUUUUUGCAAAGUUUUUGUUAUAGAGUAGGCUGAGUUUUCACAAUUCGAAUCGCAUUUUCAGCAAAGUGUGAUUUGUUUCUAUUUUUAACAACUAUAGAUAAGAUAAUAAUAGUUUUUAACGUUUUUUCCUUAAACAAUACCCUCUUCUGUUAAAAAUUAUGACUGAUUACCUCGUAUGCGGAGUUUGUCAAACCAGCUUCUUCCUAAGUGAUAUGGCCUAUUUUAUCAAUCAUAAACGCUUCGAUUGCGAUAAUAAGGAAAACGCUCAAAAAAAUCUACAAUGUUCAACUUGUUUGAAAAGUUUUCAAUCUCCAUGGUCCUUACUAAAACACAUUCAGAAUGCUCAUAAUCUUCAAGUAUAUUACGAAGGAAUGGAUAGUCUGACUACGGAUAACGUACAACAGACUGUAAAAACUCAUAAUAAUGCCAUGAAAGAUAUAAUUGAAGAAGCUGUUAGUAGUUCAAUACAGUCUCUAACAAACUCGUCUGUGGCUACAUCAUCUACUAUUCAACAACCAAUAUCUAAUACUAACCAGGAGAAAGUUCAGGAGAGUGGAAAUUGUAAAUGUAAAACUGCAGAAAAAGUUGAUUGUAAAUGCUGCGAGAGCAAUACUGUAACUACCACAGCAGAGUCUCCAAAAUCAGUAACGGAGGAAGUGGAUAUUAAUUCAAAAGUAUCUUGUUUGAGAGUUACGUGUUGCUGCUCAGAAAAUGGUAAAUGCCAAAUUGAUACGGUUAUGCAGAAAUGUUGCUCAUCAAUCGUUCCAAAGAAAAGACCAAGGCAUUUUAUGAAACAUCUAGAGGAAAGACAGCAAAACGAGAAGGAAUCAACGGGCAUAAAAAUAACCGCUCCCGAACAUGAUGAACUAUCACUAACUACAAAAGAUACUCAAAUAAUAGACAUAAACAGUGUAAGUACGAAAAAGAAGAAAUUAAAUGGGAAUAAAGCAUUUAUGUGCGAAGUGUGUGGUGAAGGUUUCAAUCAGCGCAUCCAUUUAAAGAAGCACAUGAGCAAGCAUACCGGAAUAAAACCCUACAAAUGCGAUCAGUGCAACUAUGCAACAGUCGAACGAAGCCAUUUAAAAGUUCAUAACAGGAUUCAUACAGGUGAAAAACCAUUUAAAUGUAACCUUUGCGAUUAUGCAACCGCUCAAAACUCAACUUUAAAAAUUCAUAUGAAGAGACAUCAUAGUCAAGCAGAAACGAAUAUAACUUCAAACGAAAAUCAUCAACAGCAGUCAAUUACUAUGUCUCAAGAUUCAGACUCGUUGGAAGAUCUAUUAAUGCUUUCCGCUUCCCUUUUACCAGCCUAAUUUCAUAAUUAUUUCAAAUAGAUAAUUCAACAUUAAGAUUUUGUCAUUAAUAUUUUUGAAAAGUUUAAAAAACUAAUUUAAUUUGAAAUUUUAAUAUUUUUAUUAAAAAAUUUAUUUUUGAUUCUAAAUUGAAAUUGAAAGAAAAAAAAAGAAACACUCUAUCAAAUUGACUUUUUCUCUAAAUUUAAUUAUUUAUAAGGUUAAAGAAUAAAGAAUAAGUGAGAGGGAAAGAUUGACUGACAUUCUUAAUAUAUACCGUAAAUCUAUUGAAAGUAAAAAAGAAAAACGUUAAGCAAAUAAACGUUUUGCAGUCUGAAUGCCAGAAGAAAUUGUACAGCUAAAAUAAUAAAAAUAUUUACGUUCGUUUAGGGUACAAGAUAGCGGGAAGAAAAAAAUACCUCAUGUACGCAUAUGAACCAAAAUAUCUCUUAUCUUCAUCUUUUCCAAACGUUCUUUCCCUUCAUUAUUUCUCUUCCUUUAAAAGUAAAACAUUAAUAAACGUAUAGCAUUAAACUUCUCCCUUAAGGUGGUUCUUUGAAAUUCAAAGUGUUUAAUACAAAUAUAUUACCAAAUAUCUAAAUUAGUUCUUAGAAAAACGCUUAAAAUUCGCUUUUAUUCUUCUCGCCUAUUGGAAAAUGUUCUUUUUUAGUCUUUUUAUAGAACGUUUUUAUACUAUAAUGUUCUCGUGUAAAAAGAAAUAGAACGUGAAGAGAUAAAGAUUUUUUUCUUGAGGUAAUUAAUUUAAUCAUUUUAGAGAUUCAUUUUAAGAAUUUCCUCUUAAAUAAUUAAUGUGGAAAUAACUCUUCUC